CAUUCCUCCUCGAAACAUCCGCCGCACGGCAUUGCUUUUCAUACCCAUGCCCACCCCGGAAUAUGCCAAUUCGAAGCGCUCCUUAUUGCUUAUAAUGGCCUUACCAUCGCCCGCGAAAAGUAACGAGCAGCCAUGGCGAUCUCUAGCCUCCUGCUAGUCCUCGUGCUCCAGCUCUCUGGUGCACUCGCCCACAACAAUGGUCUCGCGCUCACCCCUCAGAUGGGCUGGAACACCUGGAACCACUUUGGUUGCGACAUCUCUGAGGACACCAUCCUCAGCGCUGCCCAGUCUUUCAUCUCGUAUGGCCUGCCGAACUAUGGCUACGAAUCCUCUCUUGCCGACCAGAUCCAUGGCCUCGGGGUACCCACUGUGCCCGUUUUGAUAUCUCGUCGUCAGUUCGGCAUUUACAGUAGUGCGGGCAUGUAUACAUGUGGAGGCAAAUUCGGCUCGCUAGGCUAUGAGACCAUCGACGCGCAGACGUACGCUGAGUGGGGUGUGGAUUACCUCAAAUACGACAAUUGCUACAACGAGGGACAAGCAGGGACCCCGAAGCUCUCUUAUGAUCGCUACGCGAACAUGUCGAACGCCUUGAACGCUACUGGGCGCCCGAUAUUGUACUCCAUGUGCAAUUGGGGAGAGGACGGGCCUUGGAACUUUGCACUUACAAUCGCGAAUAGUUGGCGUAUCUCUGGCGAUAUAUACGAUAACUAUGACCGCUUCGAUGAGCGAUGUCCGUGCACGUCUAUGAUCGACUGCAAGCUCGCCGGAUUCCAUUGUGCGAUGACACGCAUUAUCGACUUUGCCGCCCGGUCAGUCAGAAGGCGGCCAGAAUCACUGGAACGACCUGGACAUGCUCGAAUAGGCAACGGCGGGAUGACCUACGAUGAAUACGGUGCCCCGCUCAUCUUGGGUAACGACGUGACGAACAUGACGAACGAGACGCUCUCCAUCGUCACAAACAACGCGAUCAUCGCACUCACCGUCGAACGCAUGUGGAACACGCCCAUCUCGUCGGGCGGCACCCUCUCGCUCUGGCCGGCCACUUUCGUCAUCGCGCUCCUGAACACCUCACCCGACGCGCAGACCGCAAGCGUGAACUUCACAGACGUGUUCAUCGACCAGGGCCCGAGCUACCAGGCGGGGACGUACGAAAUCUACGACCUCUGGCAGAAGGACGAGGCGAACGCGUGGGGCGCAAGCGUCGGCAUGUACACGGGAUCCAUACCGGACGUCCAGAUCGGUACACACCAGGUCAAAGUGUGGAAGGCGGUGCCGGCGGGUAGCGCGAGUAGGCGGGACUUGGCCGAACUUUGAGGAGGCGAGGUUGGAAAGUAACGAGUCUCCACGCUAUGAUUUACGAGGCAGAUAUAAGGUGAAUGUAUCAGUAGUCGCUGCAUGAAGUGACGUGUAAACGAGGGACUAGACAACCCCAUAAAACAAGCUUCCCAAGUACGGCCAUUCAUGACAAUUCUGCCUUGAGGUCUCCCUCAAGAAGUGG